GUUUUGUAUUCAAUAUUGUCACAGUUCACUCAAUACGGAUUCUUUUUUAGAUAUUGUAGCACCAUUAAAACCUUCGAUCUCCUCAGUGGCUUUAAGCAAAUACCAUUGUACACUAAGCGAGUUUGUUUUUUCUUACUCAUCACCUUGCUUGUGAGGCUCAUUAUAGUUUUGAUACACUUUUCAGCACACCAAACCAAGUUGAAAACAUUUUGCGCUUUUCUAAUAAUACUCUCAGCUAACACGGGACACAUUUUAAUGACGAUCAUGUUUUCAAUAUUGAAUACGCGCAUGACAUUAAUACAAAAAUUAUUUGCCAACAAUCCGAUACCCGUAAACAUAGUUGGAAAAAAUCAAAACGCUUCGCACAUCAAACGAGUCAGAAAGGGCUUAAUUUGCUACAACAAUCUGCUUGAUACUUUGAAGGUUGCGGAGAAAGAAAUACAAUUUACGUUAACCGUCACUUACCUAUGUCACGUUCCGAAAAUAAUAUGCUACGUUUAUUUUGUCAUCACCGUGAUUUAUAAAUCGAAAUUUUCCGGUUAUAAUCUGAUACCAAUGCUCGAUAUGAUCCUGGCUUGCAUGGCCGUCACGGCGCCGGCGCUCUUCGCAGAACUGACCAAGAACACGGUGGAUAAAAUCAAGAAGAUCCUUGGUUCGCAACUACUUAGAUGUUCAGACGAAUCGCUUCGCUACGAACUGGAGAUAACUCUUGAAUAUGUAAUUCAACGUCCAUUUUCGUUUAGCAUCUGGCGAGCUGUCUCUCUAGACGCGUCUCUUCCUGUCGCCAUGACAAGCUUGUGCAUCACAUAUGUAAUCGUUAUUCUACAGCUCACUCAGUUAAGACCCUAAUAGACUCUAGCACCAUUAAUUCGCGAAACGAGCUAUUUAUUUAGUUCUAGAUUUGCUAUGCACCAACCGCUGAAUUUAUGGAUACGAUAAGGAAUUUAAGAAUAAGUUCCAAUAAGACUAGUCAUUAGAUUAGAUUAGUCAUUUAAAGAUAUUUAUUGAUAAUUCCAAAUAAUCUGUUAUUAGGUUUAUAUAUCAAUAGUAUUGUUUGUUUUGGGAAUCUAUUUCGUUUGGUCCACUCAAACACUACAAUUAUUGGGACUAAAUUAUUAAAAAUGAUAAAUUAUUUAUUAAAUACAGUAAAAGCUGCUUAUUCGCGGAUCUAAUCGGUAUAUUUGUAAAAGCGCUUUUUCAUAUUCAAGGUUUCUAUAUUCGGAGUAUAUUUACGGAACAUAUACCCCGCAAAUAAAGUGUUUUACUGUAAUACUUAUAAUUGCAUUGUAAAAUUUAGAACUAGAGAUUAAUCAUUAUAUUUAUUAUUUGUAUGUUGAACGGGUAAAUGACCCGAAUUUCUUUCUAGGGACUUGCAAGUAAGCAAACCAGAAAAAAAUGUAAAUCUAUAUACACGUGUUUAUUGGACUUCACAAAAUUAUUCUUUUAAAGUAUCUUUCAUUGUAUUCUCUGUCGCUUUAUAACAUCUUGUGGCGUUCAUGAACGCACAUUUUUAUGAUGCGUAAGCCGGAGCGCACGAGAUGUGGGAAAAAGAAUAUAGUCUGUGACACGGGACCUUUUUACCGCCGAAAAUUUAAAACGUAAAAAUAAUUUAUAAUGUGAUUAUUAACUAAUGUAAUAUAAUUACUUAGAAUUGUU